AUGGACGAAACCGCCUUUCAGACGAAGAAGUGUAUGAAGGUGGUGACAGUCCGCGGAUCCACUAACGUUUGGUGCACGGAUCCUACCGUCAACUUCCACCUGUCUAUCGUUGCGUGUGCGAGUGGUUCAGGCUUUGUGGUGCCUCCAGCAUUCAUUCUGCCUGACAAGACGGUUGAAUGGGAUAUACUCGAGAAAUCCGUACCGAGCACCGUAAAGCGGCCGCUUCUGCUGGUGGUGGACGGGUGUGGCUCUCACUACUCCGAGGACGUUAUCAACACGGCGGACAGCCUGGACACUCUGCUUGUGUUGCUGCCACCAAAUGCCACCCACUUACUGCAGCCCCUAGAUGUAGCGGUAUUCGCCACGUUGAAGGACAAGCUCUGCACUUUGAUCAACGAAGUGCUCGAGGAAUACGACGAAGGGCGCUACUCGAUUGACAAAAUGGCGGCAAUCCGGCUAGCCAGUAUGGCAUGGGACAGCAGCAAGAUCGGAUUCCGCACCUGCGUCUACGAAAAGAACAGGGCUCCGCGACACGUUCACUUGGCUGAUUGGCUUCACGCUAAGGCGGUUAUUGAGGACGAGGUCCUCGCCUUGCCGUGCCGCCCCAAGAAGUCCGUGAAGAAGCGCAAUCGUGUUUCUCUGGGCGGCCAGCACCUGCCACACGAGAAGUUGAAGGCUGCUGGGGAUGUGCCGUUAGCUAGAGGAGCGAAGUCGCGCACGCCAACCGCAGCUUCACCUGGUAACAUGGAGAUCCCGCCGGACCCGACGAUGCAGUCGGCAGUGGCUACGACGGCGCACCUGUGCCGUCACUGGGGCCGUCACCUGCACCGUCGUCUCCGGCGCCAGCAGCUCCGCCAGCUCCGGCGCCAGCAGCUCCGCCAGCUCCGGCGCCAGCAGCACCACCAUCACCAGGGUUCGGCAAAACCCAUGUUUUGA